AUGUAUAUAUAGAUUCAUAAAAAUAUGUAGUAUAUGUAAACAUGUAUAGAACGCGGAGGGUCGAUGGCAGAACGGCAGCGAUUCUAUACCAACCACACAUAUAUCAAGAGACACGAGAGAAUCCCGGCACAACUACGUUCGACGCUAUGUUCCGAGCACUCGCUGCGAAUAUAUAGAUAUUCUGAAUAAAAUGAUACGCGGAUGUGACGGAAAAAAAUCUUUGAACGGUUUUUUGCUUGAACCCGAUCCGCAAUUCAUCCAGGGCUUACGAUUGUUGCAUUCGUCAAACAAAGAUUCGGCCGAUCAGCUGCGAAGUCUUUUGGAUGAAGCGAUUAAGCAGAAAUAUGGUCUUACGAAAAUGCUCUGCAACGUUUUGCAUAAAAAAUACACAAUGGAAGAGCCUGUACUGAGUGAUCACAGUAGCAGUGGCAGCAGUAAGAAAAGUAAAAGUUCAAGUUCAAAGCAUUCAAGCAAAUCUAGCAAAAGCGGAUCACCAGAGGAUAGAGUUUCGCGAGAUACCCCUCCUGAUAUUUUGCAAAGCGAUGAUAACCUCGCACUGGAAAUAUUGGAAGACGAUCUGACAUGUGUGAUAUGCAAAGGCAUGGAUGUCGGAGCAAGGAAUAGGCUGGUAGAAUGCGUCGACUGCCAUUCUCUGUAUCAUCAAGAAUGUCACGUUCCUCCGAUUCAAGAUUCGCAAAUUGAUGUCCCGCGUCUCAUUUGGUAUUGUUCCAAUUGUUUGAAAUCUCAUCAGCCUGCCAAAGAAAGAAACUCACCAAAAACUGUAACGGAAGGAAAAUCGAAAGAACCGAAAAAAUCUAGUACAAGUUCGAAGCAUACGGAAAAAUAUAAAAAUCCUUCGAGUCAGUCGCAGUCAUUAAACGGGGCUGGAAAUUCAAGUUUGGGGAACAGUUUGCCAAAGCCGAAUAUUCACAUCAUCGCAGGUGAUCGUAGGUUGAAGGACAUGUCAAAAAAAAGUAAGCAAGAAAAGCGCGGUGGAAGUAGCAGCGCGAACAGCAGUGGCAAACACUCGUCGAGCUCGUCAUCUUCAGGCAAAAGUUCACAGGAAAAGUCUCACAAAACGAAAGGCGUCGCAGACUAAUGAUAAAUCUUUUUUUAUAUACGAAUCACAAUUACGUUACGUAAUUAGACUUUUUAAAAUAUAUACACGUACGUAAACACAUAGAAGAAAUAAUGAAAACGUGGAGCAAGUAAUUUUUUUAUCAAAUGUUUUUUUUGUCGAUGCCACAUAAAAUUGUAUAAUUAUAUAUUUUAUCAUUUUUGUCGUUCGAUGAAAAGUGUAUCGAUAGAUUUUGACACAGAUGUGCAGUACAGAUUUUUUUUCCAACGAAAUAAUCGAUCGUUUUUUUGACAAUUAUUUGUACUAAACGAUAAUAAAGCAUUGUUUUUCUUAUUUAAAUGAAAAAACGA